AUGAAUAACUAUAACUUGCAAAACAUUGACGAUGAAAACAAUAGCAUUCACGAAGAUGACACGGAGUCGGAAAAUACACAGGCUAGUGAAGAUGAUGAGAGAGAACGGAGACCUUUCGAUGUUACAUUACCACCAACCCAUCAAUACCUACGAUUAAAUGGAAAUGAUGAUUUGCCGCAUAGUUUCAAAAUGGAAGAUGCUGGAAAAUUGAUAACAGUGUCAAUCUUAGAAAUGCCAAUUGUUUUGCUACCUACGCAGCUGCUCCCAUUCCAUACCGAUUAUCCAUUACUUGUCUCGCAACUCCGACAUGCAGCUCGAGAAAAUGAAUAUAUAGCAUUAAAACCGAGAUUAGAUAACUUUGAUACGGAUAUUGCAACAUUAAUUCAGGUCCGAAGUUUACAAGAAAAUGAUGGUGGGAUUUCUGUGCAAGCAGUAGGCCGUCAACGUUGCCGAAUACUCAAUCGACGAUCCGCCAUUAAUGGGAUGCCGUACGGUGAGGUUCGGGUUUUGGAAGAAAGAGAGUUACCACCUUUCUCCCAAGUGUUAAUGCCCACUUCAUUUGCUCAUAUGCGACCUAAAAAAAGUUUACGGUAUUUUGCGGCAAUGACGUCACAUUCAUAUUACGCGUUGAAGAUAUCAUUGACGAAGCAUUAUAUUGAUGAAAUUGCCAAGUGGCUUUAUGGUUGGCAUGUGUAUGAGAAAGUGAAACGUAUUCUUUCUAAGGGACCGACGGCAUUGAGUUAUUGGGUAGCUGCAAAUUUACCAAUUGAUAUGGAAAUGCGCUUACGCUUGCUGGAUGAGCCAUGCACAGAUAAAAGAUUGAAGGAUGAAUGUGGCAUCAUUAAUCGUUUCGACGUCAUUGUUUGCAAGAAUUGUGGAACAUUACUGUGUAAUAUGUCACAGAUGAUUAAUGUAUCAACAGAGGGAAAUAGCGCACAUUACGUCAACCCAGGUGGUUAUGUACAUGAUUUAUUUACCGUGUCGGAAGUAGUUUCAACGGUUCCACGUGGAUUACCAUCAUCCGAAUAUUCUUGGUUCCCGGGUUAUAAAUGGACCAUUCGCGAAUGUUCAUACUGUGGACAGCAUAUUGGUUGGCGUUUCACCAGUCCAGAUUUAUCGCCACGGUCGUUCUACGGUUUGACGCGACGUUCAAUUCGACCUGCUGAUUCACAACGUCCAGUCACUUCCACUGUUCAACGUAUUGAACAAUUAGCUAUUAUCUGA